AUGAAGGCAUCCGUGACAACAAAAUACUACUCAGUAGACUUGAAUCUCUUGAUUGACGAGUUUCCUGAACAUAGAUCGGCCAAUAUAUCAGGUGAGAAAGCUUUGCAAUCCUUGAAUAAAUGGACUGACGAGUUUGUUAGCGAAGAGUACCAAGAGCUCAGAGAAGUUCUAGAUGGCUUUAUCUUCUGCAUUGACAUAGAAAACGAUUCUAUAGACCAUAUCGAAAGCUGUCUCGAAUUUGUAGGAAGAAUACGGCAAAAACUAAGCAAUAACGACGAAAACGACUGGUCGGGAUUUCUAGCAAUAGUGGGAACUACUACAUCAUCAGUUCCAACGCAUGAAUCGAUACUUGAGCAAGUGGAGGAUGCAGUGAUUUCCAACGGACUUGAGUUUAUAGACUUACAACAGAACGGUGAAAACGAGUUUCGCGAGAAGAUAGGAACAGAUAGAUUGGUGGAGUUGAUCGAAACCCAUGAAUGGACCCAUAUGGAUCUUGUCUCAGUAAAUUAUCAAACGAAUAAGACUAAUAGAGCCAAAGAAAUGACUAAAGGACUUCUAGACGUAGAAGAAGAG